ACCAGGUGGCAGCGUCUUGAAGUUAAUCCAACAACAACUUCGUCCGUCACAUUCAACGCCAGCCUCGCUUUGAUAAACUCGUUCGAUAAAUAUAAAAAGCAUUUAAGUAAAUUAAAGAAAUUCUUGCAAAAGAAUUUUCUACAUUUUCAUUAGCGUGUAGACACAGAAAGUAAAUAAAAAAAAAAAAAAAAUGGCCGAUAAUGACGAUCUUCUCGACUACGAGGAUGAGGAGCAGAACGAGACCACUGCCGUUGAGAGCCAAGAGGCACCAAAGAAAGAUGUGAAGGGUACUUAUGUAUCGAUACACAGUUCGGGAUUCCGUGACUUUUUAUUGAAGCCCGAAAUAUUGCGUGCAAUCGUUGACUGCGGUUUUGAGCAUCCAUCCGAAGUUCAGCAUGAAUGUAUACCACAAGCUGUGCUCGGCAUGGACAUUCUCUGUCAGGCAAAGUCCGGUAUGGGCAAGACAGCUGUCUUUGUGCUUGCCACGCUGCAGCAACUUGAGCCAUCCGACAAUAACACCUGUCAUGUAUUAGUCAUGUGUCACACACGAGAGCUGGCAUUCCAAAUUAGCAAGGAGUACGAACGUUUCUCCAAAUAUAUGCCCACAGUUAAGGUUGCUGUAUUCUUUGGCGGUCUGGCAAUUCAAAAGGAUGAGGAGACUCUCAAGAAUGGCACUCCUCAUAUUGUUGUUGGCACACCAGGACGUAUUUUGGCAUUGAUUCGCAACAAGAAGUUGAACCUGAAGCACUUGAAGCACUUUGUUCUGGACGAAUGUGACAAGAUGUUGGAGCAGCUGGAUAUGCGUCGCGAUGUGCAGGAGAUAUUCCGUAGCACACCACACGGCAAACAAGUUAUGAUGUUCUCGGCCACUUUGAGCAAAGAGAUACGUCCCGUUUGCAAAAAGUUCAUGCAAGAUCCCAUGGAAGUCUAUGUGGAUGAUGAGGCCAAACUGACGCUGCACGGUCUGCAGCAGCAUUAUGUCAAUCUGAAGGAGAACGAGAAGAACAAGAAACUCUUUGAAUUGCUCGAUGUUCUUGAGUUCAAUCAAGUUGUCAUCUUUGUCAAGUCCGUGCAACGAUGUGUGGCACUUGCUCAAUUGCUGACCGAACAAAACUUUCCGGCUAUUGGCAUCCAUCGUGGCAUGAAUCAGGAUGAGCGUUUGAAUCGUUAUCAACAAUUCAAGGAUUUCCAGAAGCGCAUUUUGGUCGCCACAAAUCUCUUUGGUCGCGGCAUGGAUAUCGAGCGUGUCAACAUUGUGUUCAACUACGAUAUGCCCGAGGAUUCCGAUACCUAUCUGCAUCGUGUGGCACGUGCCGGUCGUUUUGGUACCAAAGGUCUCGCCAUUACCUUUGUCUCCGAUGAGAACGAUGCCAAAACACUUAACGAGGUUCAGGAUCGUUUCGAUGUCAACAUUAGCGAGCUGCCAGAGGAAAUUGAUCUGUCCACUUAUAUUGAGGGACGCUAGUCACAGCAGACGGAAAUCAGCAAAUACAAUUUAAAUGCAAAUGCAUAUGACAAAAAUGCAUCCAGCAAUUAAUGAAAAGAUACAUUUUUUAUAAACUCUACUUUAUAACUAAUAAAAUACAAUCCAAAACCAUAUGUUGACGUACAAAGAUAAACACAAAA